AUGCGGAGGCAAAAUGUGAAGGUGGACAAUGACGUGAUGAAGAAGGUCUUUGGGUUUAACUUAGUCGGCAAGCGAAGCAAACCGGCGGACUUUAACGCCAAGAAGACUUGGACAGAGCUUUCUCUUCAUACAUCUUGGGACUCACGCGGCAUGCUGAACGGGCUCAUUCAAGACUUAGGCACAGCCGUUGUACACAGAUUCAUAGGCUAUAACAUCACCGGGAAAAAGGAGGCGAACAAGACUCUCUGCAUGAGAUUGCACUUGACCGACCUCAUUCAGAACCGCACCACCCCUCGGGAGUAUACGAAGCGUAAGGCCUACGACACCUAUUUCAACAAACUCGAGGGAAUUGGUGCCUAA